AUGGCGUUCAUCACGAUCGUGAAGGCCAUUGUGGCGCGGGCCCUUUUCGCCAUCCACGCCUUCAUCGCCGUCUGGAAACUGGUUGACCUGAAGCAGGGUACUGCAGCAACUGUAAUCUACAAAUUUUUACAGAAACUAGAUUUGGAGCUUCCUAUAGAACAGUGGGUGAGGGUUCUCGAACAGGUCCUGUUAGUAAUGCUUCUCAUAGGACGAUGGCUCCUUCCCAAAGGAGAACUGACUCGAGAGCAGCUGUCUCAGCUGUUAUUGGCUUACAUGGCCAUGGCAGCUGACAUCAUCGAAUUAUUCGAGUGUUUCAAAGAGGAUACCGUCACAAACACCAUCGAGUUGAUUUACGCUGUGUUAGGUAUUUGGUCCUGGUCCUUACUCCAAUUCACGCUGGUCCUGAGCGCAACUCACGCCCCUAAGCCGAGACCCUCCAUCAACUACCCUCCUCCGGAGAUGUUCAAGCUCGAGGACGGCCUCAACACGAGCACAGACAGCGACGGGAACACGAAAGAGCAGUCUUGUUCGUACAGCCUCAAACUCUACCUCAAUAUGGAUAUUAUAGCUAUAUUGACGACCGUUUUCAUGCAGGAUGGUCCUUUCUUUCUUCUCAGAAUGACCCUCAUCUUCCGGUACAAGGUAGUGAGUUACCUCAACAUAUUCUUCACGUGCAAAAACACCUUGGUGUCUCUCCAGCUCUAUCGGCUCUUCGUCUUGUGUUCCAAGAGACGCCAGCUCGUCAGUGCCAAGAGGCUCGACUGUAUCCCCUGCUUACAGCCUCCGUCAAGGUCAUCUUCGAGGUCAAGCUCCGUCUCGGAAUUCAAGGUCAAACCUGAGACGGGUGAGAUCAUCCUUAAGAAGAAAGGAGAAGGAAAGGUAAAAGAAGAAGAGAAGGUGGAGAGAGAAGUGAUGGAGGAGGAGGAGGAAGAGGAGGAGAUAGAAGACACGGCAGACAUCGAAGAGACUCUGAUACAACUCAUCGACCAGAUUGGCGGCGAGAAAAUCAUCCAGGAACUCGAGCAAAUGAUAUCCGUAACUCCCGACGGCGAAAGCGAAAGGGAUGACGACGAGGCCGCCGUCGUCGAUGCCGUGCCGCAGCAGGAGGACCCACGUCUCAAGCAAGGCUCCAGAACGGUCGUGGAGGUCCACCCGGGACCGGUCCCGAACGGUGGUCUACCCGCUUCCAGGAUCGUCUCCUCACGCGCGGACGCCAAACAUCACCACAAGCAAGACGACAACCACUCGCCGCCCGAUUCUGGAUUCCAGAACUACAGCAGCAGCACCGACGCCGUCAGCAACAGCGGCAAGAGGCCCCUCAGGCGUCAGUUCGAAGUCUCAGAGCGGACCAGCGACUUCGUCAGAGACGCCCGCCGCAGGCACAACGACUUUGACAACGGGAGCGACUGCGCUAGCCUGAGCGACUUCGACGGGCCACAUCCCUCCUACCACUACGGUCGGCCCCACGACCCUCAGGGCGUGGACGGAUCGUCGACCAGCCUCGUGGAUCGCUACGCCGACGGCAAGAGGCACGGCUGGGGCGUCAUUCGGGACAGGUACCUGCCCCAGAAGGACUGGAGGGGGUCGUCCGUGCCCACUUCUCUGCACAGGGACCCUUGGAGCAAAGUCUUGGCGCCGGUGAUGGGUAUGGGUAGAAGCGCCGCUACGCCCGCUGCUAAGUACUUCGGGCCUGAGACUCAGCGGAGCCUCUGGCGGGAAAAGCAGGCCAGUAACUCCGUGUACAGAGGAUCGGUGACUAACCUGGUAGCACAAGGGUUCAGAGAGGACCUGGAGACCAGCAGACUGAGGCGCACUCAUAGUGUCGGCAUGAUGCUGAAUCUGCAGAACGCUGGAAAUAACUUCUCUUGCAUAUCGGAAUCCGAUGCUGACACUAUGGAAACGGUCGUCUGAAUGUCGAAAUUAUUAUUAUUAUUAUUAUUAUUAUUAUUAUU